ACUUCAGAGAUCAAAACCCCGGAGGCCGGAACUCCUCUAUGACGUCACGAUACCUCCCCUGACGUCAAAGACUGAGGACUGGAUCGUGCAACCUCCAUCUCGCUACCCGACCAAUGGAGUGCAACACAACUGUCCCAUGAGGCCCUUCUGUCUCGGUCCCCACGUCUAUGGCACUGUGGGCGUGCCGGAUGUGCGCAUGCGCUGUUGUUGUACCGUCUCGGGGAAGGGCGACUUGCGGGAACUCCCGUACAGCUUGCCGCGAGAGUGCUAUGACGUCAGGAGGAGGGCCGAUUGGUUCAACCACUGGCAAGAAGUCAACUACCACCACAGCGGGGCGCUACAGAACUGGGAGAAGAUGUUCGGAGAGCGGUACUUUUACACUUCUCCUAAAGGCAAGUGCUGAAGCUGAAAAGAAACACCCGGAUCUCUGGGAAGAACCACAAACAAACACGACCUCUCUAUGCUCGAAUUGGAGGAGAAUAGAUCUAAUAUUUGGUAUGGCACAGCUGCUCGAGACCUAAAAAUAAAAAUAAUUACCUUUGAGAUUCUACAGCUGUUUAGAUCGUCAUGUUAGUUUUUUUUUUUUUAGAAGAUCUUUUUAACUUCACCGACCCAUCUUUUUCUUAGCCUUCCUUUUGCCUUGGAGCCAUCGAAUCCCAUGCUGCAGGUAGGCCCUUGAGGCUGGCUGUGGUGGCCCUAUUCUCAUACAUCAUUUCUGCAACUUCAUAAAAUAAAGUUCUAGAAUUUUU